CCGUAACCCACCAGUGUCACGUAAUACCCCUUCUUACAUAAGCUCUUAGUAAGCAGCUUUCGCGAAUCCGUCUUGAACACCCAUAAAGGCGAGAAAAAUUUUCGCGGAUUUCUCAUCCUUUUCGCACUUUUUACCCCUUUAAACCACAAGCUGUUCGAGAAACAAAACAAAGCGUGUGAACGUAGGUGUGAGAUCAGUUUGCGAUCGCGAAGUUUCAGUUCUAUUUGCCCCAAGAGAUUGAGUACUGGUGUGUGUGUGAUUGAUUGGAAACGAUGGUGACCCCCGCAGGUAACAACGUAUGCCGUCGUUGUAAGAAGAAGAGACCGGAGGAUGAGCCGAUGGAGACAGCACGGUACAGGACUUGUAAGCCAUGCCGUGAGAUUGAGCGUAAGCGCAAACGUCUCAAAAAGCUCAACAUCUCAGGAAUGGAUGCUGAGGUUGCCGCUGCUGCUGCCGCUGCUGCUGAACAAGCCCGUAAGAACGCUGAAUUGGAGCGUAACAUCAUCAACAUUGCUGCUCAAUCGCUUCCACCUGACCAUGCGCAGCAGCUGGCGGCACAACACAUGGCUCAGCAACUAGCUGCCCAUCAACAGCAGGAACACCAGAACCAGCUGCAUCACGGUCCGCCAGAGAUCCACCAAUACGAUCAAUCGAAGCUAAGCGAUGAGCAGAGUCAUGGGCCUAUCCUGCUACCAACUGAUGGCACUAGCGGCGUGGAUGAUCGGGAGAUCCCAAUUGAUGAGAAUCUGUUGAAACAAGGAACAGGUGAGGACAGCAAGGCGAGUCUAACAAAAUCUUCUAAUCUGUUGAAGCAAGAUGGCGAUGAUGACUCAAAUAACAUCUUUGCCAUCAGAGACGGCACCAUCCACGGUGACGUUGAUCUCGACGUUGGCAAUCCCCAAGCGAGGACUACCUCAACGAAUCAUUCGUUAGCCGCUGUUGAGACCGUUGACUCGACAAAGUCUGCAGAUCUAGCUGUCAGUUCGAGCAUCAGCACUAGCUUGUCCAAUGGUUCUUGUCUCUACUGUGGAGCCCCGCGCUCAGUGUAUGACGAUGGUCGUUAUCAACUGUGUGGCAACUGUGUGUCUAACCCUUUAGAACGGAACAACGUAUUCGAUGAUUUUGAGGCAUACUUGGAGCGUAUCGGCCUCGGCAAGGAUAUUGAUUUGAAAAACGUCAUCUAUAUCAAAAAGAUUGACGAUGAAUCGAUAAUCCAGGAUUUCACACAGGAUAACUUGGAUACCAUUUUGUUGCAAAUCCAGGUGCAUUUUGUCGACCGUAUACUACAAAGAUCUGCGUACAAGUUUUCCAAGCUAAGCUCAAACCUGAGUGUUAAACCUUUCCCGAAAUCAAUCAAGCUGCUGUACAGAUGCAAACAGGACCUGAAAACCACUCAGAAGAACGGCAACUCGUCGUCAGCGCCUGUAUCAGACGACACGACCAGCGGUGGGACGAGGAAGAUGAAGACGGAGGACUGUCACUCAAACUUCUACCUUUCGUACGAUGUCAUCGGAAAGAACAUGAGUAUCAAGUUCAACCACAACUGCCACAAGACCUUCCUGCAAAAGUGGUACUCUCCAAAGCUGAUUGCAACUGUGAAGGAAUUGCAAAUCGUCUUCCAGGACAUCAACCUUGUCUUUGAGAACUUGACCAACUUGAAGGACAUCGACGAAUCGUUAAAACAGGAGAUUGCAAAACUGAAAAAGGUGAACUUUGUGAAGGACUUUGCCUUGACGAACUAGUACUAUUAUGGAUAUUGUUUUUGUUUGUUUG